GUGCGACAGUGGAGCGGGCCCGUGCAAGGACGGGCGCGAAGCGGACACAGGUGUGCGAUGGGUGCUUCGAGCGGUACUGCUACACGGGGCAGAAUAUGACCGGGGGCGGCACCGCAUCCGCGUCGAUGGCCUCGGCCUCGGCGACGUCCAAGUUUGUGCAUGACAGCGGUGCGCUCAUGAGGGGCGCGGUGGCCAGCUCGCCGUCGCCAUCGGUCGGUGUUUCUCAGGCGGACGCGCAUGCGCUGCUACGGAACGAGUACAUCAUCAUGGGUGGAUUGGGUGUUGUACUUGUGCUCCUGAUCGCGAUUUUCGGGGUGCUGGCUCACGGGAGAAGGAAGGCGAAGGCGGGCUAUAGCGUCGUUGGCACUGGAGAGGGGAAAUUUUGAGAUUCACGUAUGUGGCGCUUUGCUAGUUCUGCUUCUUUUGGGUUGCCCCGUAUUUAUAUAGCUUCUUCAUUUCUUGGAGCACCUCGAUUUUCAAUGUUGAUAGAAUACAGUCGAUGUCGAACACAUUGUCAUUCGAGAACACUGACUACAGGCUCCUUCCCGCUGGCAUGGGAGUUAUAUUGGACUUCAUUCGAAUAGCAUACUCGAUGCUUUAUCUUGAAG